UCAAAAACUACACCAUCUCCCAUAAUGCACUCUGCCGUUUUUAUUCCCAUCAUUCCCCGCUGCCAGCCCUUCGCACCAGUCAAGAUGGCGGACAGACCAGUUCCCGUAAUUGAGAAGCGACUGUUGGACGUGAAACUGGGUGAGCUGGGAACCUGGCUCGGAGGUCGAAACUUCACUCCCAUGGGCCUCAUCUCAGCCGUCCGCAGGGGCCAUGACAGAUACUACAGCAAGUACAUUGACGUGAAGAGGGGAGGCAUCGGCGGUGUAGCUAUGGUGCUGACGGCCUAUGUGGUAUUGAGCUACGUGUGGCAGUACGACCACAUCAAGCAUGAUCGCUGGAGGAAGUACCACUAAGCCCCUUCAGUAGCCGUCAGACCUCCGGGGGUUGAACUUGAAUCUUUUUGUUCCCCCUCCUCUUUCUACCCUCAGCUGUCUGUGUUGAAUUUGUGACUGUUGUGACCAAUAAACAAUACUAAGAUUUAUUGUG